GACAGCCCACCCCACACGAGGGGAGUGAAGUCCAACACACGCGCACCAACCCUCCUUCCCCUUUCCUCCUCCCCACCUCGCCUCCUCCCCAAACUCCGCAGAUUCUCCUCGCCGCUCUCCAAUCCGGCCGUCGGUGGACGGUCAACAUCGCCGCCCGCCGUCCUGACGAAGCAUCUACCCCUUCCCGCCACUGCCUGCCUCGUCGCCGGUGCAUGAGAGUGAAUCAUGGGAGGGUUUUGCUGCUGCCUUUCCACAGACGAUUUUGAGGAAUAUGUUCAUCCAAAUAAUCCUGUCUAUAGGCAAUGCAUAUCCCUGAGGCAUUUGUUCCACAACAUGUUUGGGGGGUAUACUGCAGCAUUUCAGAGGCUCGACUCUAGACCAAACAACCCAGCUCAAGGAGCUGCGCCAUUGUCAUCCACUAAUCCAAGUACUAAUAUAACUGAGAGUUCGCUGUCUGAAACUUUUCACCUUGUUUCUAGACCACUCCCAUAUGACAUCGACCCUAGAUAUGCCCGGGUUCAAAGAGAGGGACUGGUAUCAAGGCGUGAGAAGUCUAUAAACCUCACGCAAGAAGAGUCGCCAGCUCUCCGACGAAAUGGCAGCAGCUCCGGUGUUGAACAUUUAGCUGCUCAAAAGAAAAGGAGCAGCACUGAUCCUGAGGGUGAACAUAAGGUGCGUCGUUCUGAAUCGACCAAGAGUCUUUCUGGAAAAGCAUAUAACAGCAGUUACACCGUCAUCACUUCAGACGACGAAGAUGUCUGCCCUACUUGUCUGGAAGAGUACACCCCGGAGAAUCCGCAGAUCGUAACUAAAUGCUCCCACCAUUUCCAUCUGAGUUGUAUUUAUGAGUGGAUGGAGAGAAGCGAUACCUGCCCAAUUUGUGGGAAGGAAAUGGAGUUCUGCGAGAGCCCCUGAGAGAAACUUCAAUGUGAAUGCUGGUGGGCAUCAGGAAGAGUGGGAAAAAGUAUCUGCAGCAUGGGAUGCUGGAGAGUCUGUAAAUAACACCGUAGUUCUUUGCUGUCGAAAACCUAUCUCGUACCCGAGAUCAACUUAUGUGUACUGAAAUCAGUCUACCAAAAAGUCGUGCUGGAUAUUUCCUGUA